AACGAGCUUCUCCAUCCCGAGCGCCUCCUGCUGCCCGAGCCGACUUCUAGCAACCCGAGCUCGACCUACAGCCAGGACCUCGCCGCUCCCCCAGACCCGCCAUCGACGCUCUCUCCCCCGGUUUGUCAUGUCGAUGUUCUCCGGCGUAUCUGUCAUCACGGAAGGCAAGCACUGCACCACGUCGGUCGUUAACGCCCGCACGGACAGCGGCUACCACCUGCUUGUGGUCAAAGACUACUCACGCACCGUACAAGAGAUACCCAAUGGUGAGCAGAUCAUCUCCGGUGCAUUCAUGGUAGGAGGCCAUCAAUGGUGCAUCUACUACAGUCCUAACGGUGUCAACCCGAGUUCUGCCGACUUCAUCUCCUUGUAUAUUUGCCUUUGCGGUGACGAUGAUGAAGUGGAAGAGGUCGCGGAGGAAAAGGCCAAGUUCGAGUUAUCCUUCGUCGACCAGGUUGAGUAUCAAAAGCCGAUGCACAUUCGUGCAACAGAAACUUACAGCUUCUCCAGCAAAGGUGAUCUCCACGGCUGCUCUCAGUUUAUGAAAAGAGAUGCCCUUGAACGGUCGGCUCAUCUGAAGGAUGAUUGUUUUACCAUGCGGUGUGACAUUAUGGUUUGCAAGGAUCCCAACACCGGUGAUGCCGUUGGCACCCUGUCUGACGUACACCUGCAUUUUGACCAUCUCCUUCACAAUAAGGUGGGUGCUGAUGUGACAUUUGAGGUCAACGGCGAGACGUUUGCUGCACACCGUUGUGUGCUUGCAGCCCGAUCAAAAGUCUUCAUGGCACAGCUCUUUGGCCCCAUGAUGGAGAGUAAUACAUCCAGUGUCAUACAUAUCAAAGACAUGGAAGCAAAAGUGUUUGCGGCUUUGCUUAAGUUCAUCUACACAGAUUCAUUCCCUGAGAUGGACAAGGACAACAACAUGGAGGAAGGAGGACAAGAUGAGAAAAAAGAGGAAGAAGCUGAGUAUGUAAUGUGGCUGCAGGACUUGUUUGUAGCGGCGGACAGAUAUGAACUCCAACGGCUCAAGGUCUUAUGUGAAGGGCACUUGGCCCAGGAUUUAUCUGUGAGCUCCGUGGCCUCCACUCUUGCUCUAGCUGAGCAGCACUAGUGCUACGGGUUGAAGGAGGCAUGCUU